AUGCGAUCUCUCGUUGCAAUUAUUCUGUUGGCUCUUGCCAUGGUUGUAAUAUCAGCUUCAGCUCAACCUUCAAAAACAGGUAGUGGUGGUCCACCACCGCCACCACCGCCACCACCACCACCAGGCACUCCACCUGCAGCUGGCGGCGCUCCACCACCACCGCCGCCACCACCAGGCACUCCACCUGCAGCUGGCGGCGCUCCACCACCACCGCCGCCACCACCAGGCACUCCACCUGCAGCUGGCGGCGCUCCACCACCACCUCCUGCACCACCAGGCACUCCACCUGCAGCUGGCGGCGCUCCCCCACCUCCACCACCACCACCAGGCACUCCACCUGCAGCUGCGGCUCACUAG